AUGAGCGGCUACCUCUGGAAAUACUACCUCCAAGAUGAUGUCGACAACUUUCGGCAUGUUCUUGCAACCCCCGCGCAUACAAACCGCCCCGCUACACACAAGAGCUUCACCACCUGGCAGCCAGGCACCUCUCCCGCACCAGUAAAUGGUAGCCCGGGUAGCUACAAUGCUUCGCCCAUUGCCAGCGCAAAGGCUCGCAAAAUGGGCACCGCUGCACCCGCCAACUUGACCCGGUUUGACAUCAACAGUCGUGAUGCGGCAGGAAUGACGAUACUGCACCAUGCCGCCUCGUCCGUGGCUGAGAGCGCCGUCGACUUUGCACAAGCCCUGCUCGAGCACCCCUGGACGGACCUGUACAUUCAAGACGCUGAAAAUGGCUGGACGGCCCUACACAGAGCUUUCUAUUUUGGCAACAUCGCCAUUGCACGUCUUAUCCUGAACCGCGACGCCCAGGACAUCCUAGGCCAGGGCUCUAGUGGAUUCAGUCACCAGCAUGCGCGGGGCCUCGUCAAGAUCAAAGACAAGGAAGGGUAUGGCCCUCUGGAUCUCUUCUCCAUGACCAUCAAGGAUCGGACUUUGCGCCCAGAAGAGUCGCCGCUGGUAGAUUCGGAUUCAGACGAUGACAUUGCCCAUGGAGAUUCUGGCGACGUCGACGGCGAGGUGCGCAAGAGGCUGAUUGCCCCGCCUGUUUCGCUUGAUGGCGACGAAGUCUAUACCUUUGGCAGUAACAAGAAUGUGACUCUUGGCUUUGGAGACGAGGAUGACCGUCAAUUUCCCGAGCGCGUCACUCUGCGUAGGCCAGACCACCUGCUGCAGCGCUUCUACAAGGAGCAUUGCGAUCGCCAAAACCAGCAUUUUGCGGCCAUGGGCAUGCCCAUGCACGACUCGGGCUCCCAACCGCGCAGUACUGUUGAUUUACCGACCCACAUUCGCAACACUCCAUUAAUCAUCCAAGACGUUCGAAUGUCCAAACUGCACACGGCCGUCGUGACAACUGAUCCAGUCUCGAAUUUGUACGUGUGUGGCCAUGGACCUGGCGGUCGACUGGGUACGGGCAACGAAACUACGAGAUAUCAGUUUACAUGUAUCGAAACCGGCGGGUUGGGGCAAAAGCACGUUGCUGCGGUCGCUCUGGGGCAGAACCACACACUGGCUAUUACAGAAGAGGGCGAGGUCUUUUCAUGGGGAAACAAUGCCUACGGGCAACUCGGGUAUACGCUGCCCAAGCCCACCAUGAAAGAUGACGACCCCAUCUCGACCAUACCUCGGCAGAUUUUUGGCCCGCUCAAGCGCGAGAUCGUCACAGGCAUCGCUGCGUCGCGCAUACACUCGGUCGUUCAUACAGCAACUUCAUUGUAUACAUUUGGCAAGAACGAAGGCCAGCUAGGCAUCGUCGACUCUGACGCCCGGUCGCUAGAAAUGCAGGUCAUUCCUCGAAAGAUUGCCGCUGCACUCUUCUCCAGUCCCAUCCACUCUGUCUCAGCCAUUGACGGCGCUACCAUAUGUCUCCUGGAAAGUCGCGAAGUUUGGGUCUUUGCAAAUUAUGGCUAUGCCAAGAUCAGCUUUCCUUUGGAUGGAUUCACAAGCAGCUUCCUCAAAGAGAGCUGGUUGACAACAAAGUACGACACUGCACCAAACAGAAUCAACAAGAUCACGUCUGGUGGCGACACUAUAUGUGCGCUGUCGACUUCUGGCGAAGUGUUUACCGUCGCUGUCAGCCGACGCUCAGAGGGCUCGCAAGACACUAGCACCUCCACUACAAACCCCAAGCAAAUUCGAGGAGCACUCUCUGCCCCUUUCCGCAUCUGGUCGUCUAAGAAGAGUCACAUGGCAGCAAGGGAUGUCGAUGUCGACCAGGAUGGAUCCAUCAUACUGACGACUGAAGCUGGCACGGUUUGGAGACGCACGAAGAGGGCAACCAUCAAAAAUGCUGCCGUCACUGCUGCUGUAGAGAACAAACCAAAGGAUUACAAAUUCCAGCGGGUCUCGGGACUGACCCGUGUUGUUGCAGUCCGUGCCUCUGCCUUUGGAGCCUAUGCCGCCAUACGGAAGGAUUGCGAUGUUACUCGCACGCAGAUCGGCGUUGACGAGGCUGGUCUAUGGGAGCAUUUUGCUCCUUUGCUAGCUUUCCACGAGCUGACCAAUUACGAAGAGACUUCGGAUGACGAGGAACCUACACCGAGGUUUUGGACUAGAGCCACAGAUGCACAAGGUCUUCGCAAGCGGGUUCUCAAGUCGAAAGAUUUAGAGACCGACGUGACUGAAAUUGUGCAACGCUCGUUGGCAUCAUCGGACCGGUCCUACGACAUGGAAGUUGGAUCCACCCUAUCCGAUGUCCGCAUUCCCGUCCAUGAGUUUAUCUUGGCUGGGCGCAGCCGUACUCUGCGGGAUGCUAUGCUUGACUUUCGGGUGAAAGAUUCCGAACAUGUCAUUUCAGAAUUUCUAACUAUAAAGCACGAAGGUCGAAAAGUUGUUCUCAUAUUCCAAGGACUCGACUUUCUCACUAUUUUUAAUUUGGUCCUCUAUGCCUAUACUGAUUCGUUGGUUGAUUUUUGGAACGUUACUCGGCACUACCCUACAAUGGCGCACAGAUAUCGCGCUGUGCGGACUGAGUUGAUGAAAGUCGCUCUGCGCCUCGACAUGCGGCAGCUUGAACCGGCCGUACGACAGAUGGUCAACCCGCGAAAGUCUCUACAUAUGGAUAUGGAGUUGGCCAUCAAAGAUCAGUCCUUCUUCGAAAGUGGCAACGUUAUUGUCGAUCUUGCAGAUGGCGAAAUGUUGUUGCACUCGGACGUCAUCUGUCAGCGCUGUCCCUUCUUCGAGGGCCUGUUCAGAGGACGCGCUGGGGGCCAGUGGCUUGCGGGAAGACAGACUGAAGAUUCGCCGCUUAUUCAUAUUGACCUUACGCACGUCGAAACACGUCUCUUCGAGCUCAUAGUGCGCCACUUGUAUACCGACGCCGGGGAAGAGAUUUUUGCCAACGUAACGAGCGAGGAUUUGAACGACUUGCUAGCACUUGACGAACUUUUGGAUCACGUCAUGGAUGUCAUGUCUGUUGCUAAUGAGUUAAUGUUGGACCGUCUCUCGCAGAUUUGCCAGAGACUGAUUGGUCGUUAUGUCAAUGCGCGCAACGUUUGUUCGCUUCUUACGGCAGUCGCACCGAGCUCGGUAGCAGAGUUCAAAGAUGCGGCUCUAGAAUAUGUGUGUCUCAGCUUAGAAGCGGUGAUGCAAAACGGCUCCCUGGAUGAACUGGACGAAGACUUGCUCCUAGAACUCAACCAGGUCGCCCACGACAACCAGCUUGCCUACCUGCCAUUUGCACGCAGUGGGCGAGCUGAGACACUUUUGUUCGAUCGUUACCCUGAGCUUGCUGAAAAGAUUGAGCGAGGAAAGCGGGCCAAGAUUGACGCUAUAGUCUUGUCGAACAAGUAUGCAGAAAGCGACAACUUGUCGAGCUCUUUCAGAGCGCAGAGUCUGGAAGAACUAGCAGCCUCACCCGUCCGCCAACGCAACCGGAGGCGCGUGUCCAAGGAAGUAAAGAGUCCUGCCCUUGCUCCGGCACUCAAAGGCAAAUCUUCUGCCCAAGACCUGAUGUUUGAAAUGUCAGAUGGGGAGGAAGAAGACCUUGACGUACCCAAGAAAAUCAAGCCCCCACGCUUCACUGGACCUGAUGAGACGCCCAUUGGUUCCGUUGAAACGCCCUGGGGCUCGGCUCAGAAGCCUCGUCCAUCUCUACAGACAUUCGUGACAGACGCAGACAUACCCCUCAAAUCUGUCAGUCCAUUGCCUCCCCCAGCCAUCAAGGAGGCAAGGCCAUCAAACCAGCCUUGGGGCUCUGCACCACUGGCAGGCCCCAAGCUUGACCUCAAGGAUAUCAUGGCCCAAGACUCGUCAUCCACGCCUUCUAACCUAUCGCUCGGCUUCGCUCGGGGAGAGAAAGAACAGGUUGCAAAGGCUGUGCACACCAAACUUUCCCAGAAAGAACGCAAGCGUCUCCAACAAGCCCACCAACUCGGCACACCGAUUGAGAAGCCACAGCCCGUCCCACCGGCCGUUUCGCCAUGGCAGGCGACUGCACACCGAAAACCAAGCAAUAGCCCUGCUAUGCCUCCAACGACACAUUCGCCAUCCAAACCUUCGCCAAAGCCUUCGCCGCAGCCUUCACGUAACUCUAGUACGCCUCAACUCACCAUGCGCCAGACUGUCGCGAACAAAGGCGUAGAAUCAAAGCAAAAGGACAAGGGUGCUACCUCCCCUUUGAAGGCCCGUCCUGCCGCUUCUGAGCGAGGAAUGUCGGUUUCAACGGAUCCAAUUCCGACGCCUCGAUCUGUGCGCCAUAUCCCCUUGCCCCAGCAUUCUCCGACUUCACCUAGUCAACACCUCAGCAUGAUGGAAAUCUUGUCGAUGCAAGAGGCAGAAAAGGCGUCGAUACGUGACGCAGCCGCCAAGCGCAGUCUCCAAGAGAUUCAGCAGGAGCAGGAAUUCCAGCAGUGGUGGGACCAGGAGAGUAGGCGGGUGAUUGAAGAAGAAGAGCAGACGAAGCGACUGAUAGACCGAUAUGCCAAGGCUGCUGGCCAGGGUCGAGGCAAAGGAAGGAAUGCAAAGGGAUCCAAGGCCAAGGGCCAGGACAACAAGGAUGUAAAGGCUGGUCCUGCCAACGACAAUGCACAGUCCAAGGCACCUACAAAACAGGAGACUCCAGGAAAACAAGAAGGCGGCAGCCGCUCAACCGGCCGUGACAGCGCCAGCCGAGGCGGCGGUCGAGGAAGAAUGGGCCGCGGUGGUCGUGGUGGCGCCAGAGGAGGACGCCCCCAAGGUCCCUCAAGAGACGGUACCUCGGGACCCGCACCCCCAGGCCAAGUUACAACUUCGCAGUCUUGA